AUAGUUAUGACUCGGCUUCCAGAUUACGAUUAGUAAAGAUUCGCCAUUUUACAUACUACAUAGAAUCAGCAGAUAAAAUAAUUUUGGGAAAACUUAAUAAUUAAAUCAAAAUGCAAGGUUUAAGUUUACAGAGCUUGAAAAAGCACAAAGCUUUAAUUCCAUUAUAUGUCUGCGUUGGAGUCGGUUGUGCCGGAGCAGUCUACUAUACUUUGAGACUUGCUACACGUAAUCCUGAUGUAGCAUGGGACCGAAGUAAUAAUCCAAAUGAUGCAUACCGCAACAAGCAAUACAAGUUCUAUUCUCCAAAACGCGAUUACUCCAACAUCGAUAGCCCAGCUCCAAAAUUCUAAAUUAUUAUAUUUGCUAGUAUUUCUAAAUAGUAGUUUUCUGCAGUUUUUUGUUAAACUAUGUUGUAAAUAAUUUAAAUAAAAAUAGAUAAUAUUUAAA